CCGUGUAUACUUAGUAGUAUUUAAGUGUCGACUAUACUAAACUGACGUCGAUAUGGUUUUACUAUUCGGAAAUCGAUAGUGAUGUGCUAGAAGUUGUAUUUCGCGUAUUUCGUUAUUAAAUAUCAUAAUGUUACGUUUAUUUUUUAUAUCGUUUUUGUUAUUUAUAAGUGACUUUGUUAAUUGUGGUGUGUUUAAAAGAGAUCUGUUUAAAUUGGACAUUGUUCAUUAUAAUGAUUUUCAUGCAAGAUUCGAGGAAACGACAGUAUCUUACCCAGUAUGCAUAUCGAACGAUACAUCUUGCUUAGGAGGCUACGCUCGCUUGUACCAUGAAAUCAAAACACUGCUCAAGGAGAAACCUGACGCCCUGUUGUUGAAUGCUGGCGACACUUUUCAAGGAACCUAUUGGUAUACGUUGUUGAAAUGGAAUAUAACGCAAAGAUUCAUAAACUUAUUGCCAAAUGAUGCACACACGAUUGGCAAUCACGAAUUCGAUGAUGGAAUAGCGGGCUUAGCACCGUACCUUGCGGCACUCCAAGCACCAGUCGUCGUGGCCAACAUUGAUACAAGCCUUGAACCAGCAUUGGACGGUUUAUAUAAACCGCAUAUAAUAUUAGAAAGAAAUGGAAGAAAAAUAGGAAUAUUCGGUUUAAUAACAUCAGAAACUAAGACAUCUUCGAAUGCUGAAAAUGUUAUCUUUUUAGAUCCAAUAAAAACAGCACAAAAAGAAGCUAAGAUACUAAAAGAUCAAGGAGUAAAUAUUAUAAUUCUGUUAUCUCACUGUGGACUAAAUAUUGACAAGCAAAUAGCAUCGACGGUUGGAGAGAACAUUGACAUAAUUGUAGGAGGUCACUCACAUAGUCUUUUAUGGAACGGGAAGUCACCGAGCAAUGAAUAUAUUUCUGGACCAUACCCUGUACUUGUGCGGACUGAAUCAAAUCCUCGUCAUCAAGUUUUGAUUGUGACAGCGGCAUGUUUUACAAAGUAUUUGGGUAACCUGACAGUUUAUUUUGAUAAGGAGGGCCACUUGAAGGAUUUCGAGGGUGAACCGGUGUUUCUCAACAGAUCCAUUCCAGAAGACCCUGAUAUAAAAGCUCUACUCCAACCCUAUACUGAUGAUCUUCAUGAAAUCGUGAACGAAGUAGUUGGUUUCGUUGAUGAUGAAUUUCUUACUGACGACUGUGGAUCGAAGGAGUGUGCUAUCGGCGAUUUUUUCGCGGAUGCAUUUUUGUAUUCGACAAAGGAAUUGAAAGUCUCAAACCUAACCCACGUAUCAUUCGUAUUGCGUAAUAUGAUUCGUGGAUCAAUUCCAAAAGGAGAAAUAACAAGAGGCGAAGUUAUAAAUGCAUUACCGUUUACAAACACCGUCGUUACAUUUUCUUUGCUCGGAAAAUAUUUGAUCGAUGCCUUUAAAAAUUGCAUGAGCACGUCCUGGAUCGCUAAGCCCUUUCAAGGACCGUGGAUGCCUCAAGUUUCGGGAAUGCGCUUAAAACUAAAUUUGACGAACGAGUUAACUGUUGAAGUAUUAGUUAAAGAAGGUGAAGAUUACGUGCCUUUAGAACCAGAAAUGGAAUAUCAAGUAACAACAAUGAGUUUUAUUAGUAAAGGCGGAAACGGUUUUGGUAUGUUAAGUAAAUAUGGAAAGAACAUGGCUUCAAUUGGCAAAGACAGCGAUGUCUUAGAAAACUAUAUAAGGAAAGUUACACCGAUCACACCGACCUUGGAUAAUAGACUUAUUGUAAUAAAUUAAUAUUUUUAUUA